UUUGUUAAACUUGUUUGAAAGCAAGAUACAAGACAUUCAAAAGUCAGAACCAAAAGUUUUUGUAAUUUGUUCCUUCGAAAUGUCUCAAAAUCCGAUUCAAAAUAAUUUACCUCCAACACAACCUCCAAAUAUAGCCAGACAAAAUUUUAAUAAUGCAAGCCAAAACUUGAUGGGAAGGACUCCCAUUAAUAACUUAGACGGUAGAUCUGUGUACAGACAAAACCCAUACACAAAUAUGAAUAUAAAUCAUUCUCAAGCUGGAGGCUUAGAUCCUACAAUCCCACAAAUACCAGAUACAAAUACUGGGCUUCAAGGCAUGCUUACUCCAAAUUAUACAGCCAUGCAACAAAUGCAACAAGAAAGGUUAGCCGUACAAAGACCUGCUUCAUUGAUCCACUUAGAAAAAUCUGCAGAAAAUAUAAAUUCACAGGCUGAAGUACCCACAAAUAAUACAACUUUACAAGUCCGUCCUGCUAUAAAUAACUUGAAUAUUCAAAGUAACAAUCAGCCUGCAAAUAAUCUAAUUGCUCAAGCAGGUCAGUCUGUAAACUUAAAUAUUAAAACAGAAGCCGAUACCGUUCCAAAUAAUAUGACAAGUAUGGAAAAUCAAAGUGUAACGUUAAAUAAUCCACAAAGUAGUCAACCAUCGAUGAUAAAUUCAAUUUACUCGAGCGGGUCUGCGUGGGCAUCUCGGUCAAUAAACCCAAAUCAGUUCACUUCUGAUUUUCCCAAGUAUUUUAAGUCUCCUGCAGAUGAAGCGAGAAAUAAGUCAAUUCAAGACAAAGAGUAUGAAGCCAAGCAUCCAGUGCCAAGAGGUAUACCUCGCAAACCACUUGACUCUUCUAAAAGACCUGCUUAUAGACCUCUGCCUAAAAGGCCAGUUAAACCUCAAAUAGAGAAAAAACUUGUCAAAGAAUUUAUCAUAACCGGUUCGAUGAUAAAUGCAGCUAAGAAAGUAAAUCUUAUGAGGUUACAUCGAGGAAAUAAUGUCUUAGACAAAUUUCAAGCUCCAGUAAAACUUCAUCGGCGUGAUCCCGAAGCGCCUUCCUCAGGAACUGGAAAUACUCGUCAAAAUGAGAUAGUUAUUGCGCCAACAUUAAAAACGACACAACAGCAUACAGGUCCUACUACUGGUGCAGAUACCUCUAAGAUUGCACCAUUUGCUGGUGCUAGACAUAAUAAAAAAAAUUUAUUCAAGAAAAGAACCACGCAAAUCUAUUUGGCUGAUGAUAGACAAAGACAGUUAAAAGCUGAAGAACGACUGCCGUGGGUUUUAGAAGAUUAUGAUGGUACAAAUACUUGGGUUGGCCACUUUGAAGAAACUGAUGCCAAAUACGGAUUCUUGAUAAAGGAUAAACAAGAUGAGAAUAAACUUAGAUUCCUUCCAUCACAUCGGUGGUACGCAUUCCGCCCACAAAUUAAGUAUAAGACUCUUACGAUUGAGGAAGCAGAAGAAGAGAUGGCAAGAGCUAAAAAGAGAGAUAAUGAUCGCUGGAUGAUGCGCAGAUGGGGUAAACAAAAUGACAAUGAGAAAAAAAUAGCAGAUGAAGAAGG